GCCGAGCCCAAGCACACUAGGACCAUGGACGGCCCCAAGCGCUUCCGCGGGACGACGGGCCAGCGGCAAGUCGCGUCCGAGACGCCGGUGAUGGGGACGCGAGGGAAGACCCCGCGCGCAACGACGGCCAACGCCCGACGGAGCCACUGCAUCACGGUGAUCGCAGAGGGCCGGAACCGCGAGGUCGCGCUCUGCUGCCUCGACCUCCACAUGCCCCAUGAGAUGCUCGUCUCGAGCAUGGUCGACUCGAGGAGCUUCGUGGAGACGAUCUCGCUUCUUGAGAGCUACCAGCCCGUGGAAAUCCUCAUGGUGGACGCGGGGACUCCGCGACAACUGCAUCUCGAGGUGAAGAAGCGCUUCAAGAACUCGACGACACGCAUCGUUGCGAUUGUGCGCAAGUACUACGAUCAGUCAAAAGGGGCAGAAGACCUCAAGCGCGUUGCCGUCAACUCGUUCGACACGAGCCUCCUCAAGAACCACGUCGUCAUGGGUGCGGUGGCGUGCUUGAUGAAGUACAUCGAGUUCAUCCAAGGCGUCUAUAUCGCACAAAAGACCAUCAAGGUUGUGCUGACAAUGGCAAGCCCCGUGCUCCUAAUGGACUAUGCAACGAUCGCGGCUUUGGAAAUCACACGCGGAGCGCGCAAUGGCUUGAUCCAGCACUCGCUGGUCGCCAAGAUUGACAAUACGCGCACGACCAUCGGGCGACGCUUGCUGCGCCAAACGAUCUUGCGUCCAAGCUGCGCGCUCGAGACCAUUCAAGCGCGCCAAGACGUCGUUGGUGUAUUCCUCAACAACCCGUCGCUCUUCUUUGACGUUUUGGAAAUCCUACCUGACUUUGCCGACCUUGACAAAAUGCUGUCGCAGCUGGUGAUGGUGCCAAAAGUGAUUACGGCUCGAACAUCCCAGCAAGGCGUCAUCAAUGUCGUCGCUCUCAAGAGCACGCUGGAGCUGUUACCCCAGCUCCACGAGUGCCUCUCGAAUGCUACGAGCUACAUGGACGAGCCAGUCGAGCUUCUCGAGAGCAUUAUUACCAGCCUUCGUUGCGAUGAGUUCAUCGUGAUCCAAGAAAGCAUCGACCGCGUGAUCGACCCCAACUCGCAAUGGAACCGAUCCGUGCGGCACAUGAAGAUCAGUGGCAGUCUUGCCGUCAAAGCGGGCAUCGAUGGCAAACUCGACGUCGCUCGGGCAACAUACCUCAGCACGAUCGACAGCAUCAACGAACGCGUGGAGGAGUAUCAAGAUCAGUUUGGCAUUGCCAUCAAGCUUCACUUCAGCGUCGGUCGGGGUUACCACCUGCUCAUUCCCAACGGUGGCGCUCGCGACAUUCCCCAGAUCUUUGAGCAGCGGGUCAAAUUCAGCAAAUCCUUGGCGUGCACGACGAAAGACAUCAGCUCGCUCAACUCUCGCACGAAGGAGUGCAUGAACGACAUCUACCAACUGUCUUACGGUGUCAUCAACGCACUUAUGGACGAGAUCCGGCCUUUUGUGUGCCAUUUGUACGCAAUGGUUGAAAGCGUCGCCCUGCUUGACAUGCUGCUCAGCUUUACCAAUCUCGUCGCCCUCUCGCCAGUUGACCAGCCAUACUGCCGCCCGCAAAUGUGCCCGGGUGGCAAUUUUGUCAUCAAGAAGGGACGCCAUCCGCUCAUUGAGCAAGUCGUCCAGGAUCGCCCAUUUGUCCCCAACGACGUCUUUCUCGAUCCUGUGACCAACUUUAACGUCAUUACGGGGCCAAACUGCUCUGGCAAGUCGACGUAUCUCAAAACGACAGCCAUCAUCACGCUUCUGGCUCACAUGGGCUGCUACGUGCCUGCGACGGAGGCUCGCAUCCCGCUUCGGACACGCAUCUUCACGCGCUUUGGAACCUCGGAUGACAUGGAGGAAAACGCUAGCACGUUCACUGUCGAGAUGCUGGAGCUGGCCUUCAUCUUGGACAACCUUACGGCGCGGUCCUUGAUCCUCAUUGACGAGCUUGGCCGUGGUACCUCGAACGAUGAAGGACUCGCCAUCGCCUGGAGCGCAUGCGAGACGCUGAUGCAAACCAAAGCGUACACGUGCUUUGCGACCCACUUCCACGGCCUGCGCGAGCUCUCGACGAUGUAUGCCAACUGCCGCAACUUCCAUUUACAAGCCACCAAUACCUCGACGAAUCUGCUCGACUUCAAGUACAAGCUGAGCGAUGGUCCGUCGGAUCGCAGCCAUGGCUAUGGCAUCCAAAUGGCCAAGAUUUGCGGGAUCCCGGCCUCAACCGUGCGUGAUGCCGAGGCUCUUCAAGAAACCAUGCUUUCGACCCAAGACGUGGACAUGAACCUCGUCGUCAAUCAUCGCAACAAGAACCUCAACAACAAGUUGCUCCAUCGCCUCAUGGCGCUCCGUGAUUCCAAGUUGGACGACGGCGGUUCACCUCCAUAUCUUGUAAACGGCUUGCAUGUCGAGCUUACAUUGUUAUCGUAGCGUUGCGCCGCCGACUGCAGCACCUGCGCGAGCAAUUCAUCGACGACUAGCCUACAUCACUGAAUCCUGCCGUCAAUAUAUACGACUCUGCACGUCGAUACCCCAUGUGUGC